AUGGCCACCGCCACACAGGCAGACGACAUAUCAACCUCAUGGCAGGGACGUUGCCCAGGAAUGGUUUUCGCGCGCGCCAUCAUUAAAACGCUAACGUCAACGUCAAGCCCACUCCUCGACGAUCGAUCUGGGGGCACAGAGGAGGAAUCACUCCAACCAGAGGAACCCACCUCUCAACAAAUCGAGACAUACAACGAGCUUUGCCAAUCUAUCCUCGACGUCUGUAAGAACGGGCCCUUUGAGGAGAGAUUGAACGCAGACACCCAUCCGAGCAGUGAAGCUUUCGUGAGGGUUCCCGAACUAUCGGAACUAGCAAAGAUUUCCGGAGGAACCUUUUUCAUCGAUGAGAAUACAGGCAACAUUUGUCGGAAUCGCGUGUCUUCUAUGGCACAUCUAUUUCUUCAGACCUGUCCCGGCGAUGAGAACAGCGGUUGGGGCCCCUUGGUGCAGGGCAUGCUACGAGAGGCAAUAGAAAGAACCCCGGACGCAGAUGAGCUUGAGGAGAUCGCUGGCAUGAUCUAUUUCCGGUGGGAAUUGGGGUUGCUUGCCGAUUACAUGGUUGAGGCGUUCGGGCUUCCAAAGCCAGGAGGAGAGAUUUGCAUCUUGUGGGACAGCCGAGAUCAGCGCUCGAAAGUUGACAACUACCAAUUACACAGCAUGAUCUUUGGCCGUCUGAAGCGGUCGCCCUCAAAGACCUUCCGGAACCUGACACCAACCAACUAA